CAGGACCCCGAUUACCGUGGGAUUCAUUUAGCAGAAGUACGCUACAAGUGCAAGAACUCAACAAAAACCCUUUAAAAAAACCGCAAACAUGGUCGAGUGGACAGAAGAUGAGCGCACUGCCAUUCUCUCCCUCUGGAAAAAGAUCAACGUUGAGGAAAUUGGCCCCCAGGCAAUGCGCAGGCUCCUGAUCGUAUGCCCGUGGACCCAGAGGCAUUUCGCCAACUUUGGAAACCUGUCCACGGCGGCUGCGAUCAUGAACAAUGACAAGGUGGCCAAACACGGCACGACCGUCAUGGGCGGGCUGGACAGAGCCAUUCAAAACAUGGAUGACAUCAAGAACGCCUACCGCCAACUCAGCGUGAUGCACUCCGAGAAACUGCACGUGGAUCCCGAUAACUUCAGGCUUCUCGCUGAACACAUCACCCUGUGCAUGGCAGCCAAGUUUGGUCCCACUGAGUUCACUGCUGACGUGCAAGAGGCGUGGCAGAAGUUCCUGAUGGCUGUCACUUCCGCCCUUGCCAGACAGUACCACUGAACUCCACCCUCUACUGGUACCCAGAGAAACGCCUCACUAGGCUGAAAAAAACCCAAUAAAUAAAUUACCAGUAAAAACAA